AUGGCCGUUUUCUUCAAGUAUCUUCAGUUGGUCAAGGAUCCUGAAGAGCAACUGCGUCUCGUGGAUACGGCUCGCGAAAUUUGUAUACAAGUGUACCUUAAUUUGGGAGGUGAGGGGCCGGUGCACCCUCACUAUUUCCAACCCAGAGCCCUUGUCCUCAUGUGGCUGGAGCUGCUGGACAUCGAGCGGCACGUAACCCAAGGAUCUAAUUUGGGUGAAUUUUGUGUGUGUGCAGUGUGCCAAGGGGCACCCAUAUAUCAACCUCCGGAGCCCCGACCACCAAGAGCCGCUGACCAAGCCGCCCCUGCGCCACCGGUUGGAAGCCCGCACCACGACUAUGAGGAGCCGAUGGAAUUAGUUCCACGGCCGCCACCCCCGACUCCGGCAUCGCCUGUCGCUAGGAGAAGUACUACGCCCGCCCCUGUUGCCCUAAUAAGAAGACAAAGUCCAGGACCCACCUUUUGGGUCCGACCGGCCCCGGAAAUAUAGACAGUGGUCUUUGAAUCGCCAAAUCGCUACCGGAGACGCCGGACCACAACUCCCGUCCGUGUCCCACAAUUCAACGUAAGCCAACAACAACCCUGGGCCCCGACAUAUGAAUAAAGUAAGACGCAUAAAGAGCAGCAGCCACCAGAGAUGGUUGUCUUGCCCGCUGAGCAGCAACCAGCUGAACAGCAGCAGCAGCCUGAUUUUUUCAAGGCGGUAAUUAGCAGCAAGGAGGUUAUUCAAGCCAAAAAACUAAUAGAAACCGUGUUCCCCCUGUGAUUCUCGGGGACAAGGCCAAAUACGAUCAGGUCGCCUUUUACAUUAAAACACAAAACAUAAAAACCACCAUACAAAAAAAUGUCCCGGAAGGCAUCGAAAUCCAGCCUUCCGA